AGUCUCCAGCGGCCGGACUGACACCACAACCCGGGAUGUAGAGAGGAGCCCCGCACACGGAUAUAUCAGCUUUUCAUUCUGGGUGUCCACAAUCCUGUGUUUUACUUUGAAAGAAAACUUUAAAGUGUCGAAUUUAUUUCCAACAUUAUCGCCACACAAAGAGCUGGAUUUUAUAUUUCCCUGCUCUGCUGUCUUCAGUCCUGACCCGGCGCUUCUGAGGAGAUCAGUGCACCCAGGGUGGACUCUCUGCCUCUGUCACCGGACACAAAGUGGAGCUCCACCGGAUAGUUUCGUCCGUAUUCUGCAAAUCCGUGCACGAAAAUAAACUUUUAAAGUUCUUCACGUGGAAUGACGCACUGACGCAGCUCAAGUGAAGCUCCACAUAAUCCUAUCACAUGGCUUCACCUUGACCGACAACCAUCCGGCCCCUCAGUCUCUCCUCUAACUGGAAAAAAAAAUCGAGUUUCUCAAUGGUUCACCACAGAAACACCCUGUCACCGUCUCUCACUUUGUAAGUUUCCCCCCGUCACCACCAUGGCAGCUGCUCCAGACGCCCCCUGCCUGUCGGAGCUCGGCGGUCUCCCCAACAGGAACAUCAGCCUCGUCUCCGGGUCCCGUCCCUGCAACCGGAGCACCGCCAGGACCUCACCUUACACCCCGCAAGCCACCGCAGCUUUUGCCAUCGCAAUCACCUUCAUGAUGAUCCUCACCAUCGUUGGCAACAUCCUGGUCAUCAUCGCUGUCCUUACGUCCCGAUCCCUGAGGGGGGCUCAGAACCUCUUCCUGGUGUCGCUGGCUGCAGCAGAUAUUUUAGUGGCCACCCUUAUUAUCCCCUUCUCGUUGGCCAACGAGCUGCAGGGCUACUGGGCGUUCAGCUCCCUUUGGUGUGAGAUCUACCUGGCGCUGGAUGUUCUCUUCUGCACCUCCUCCAUUGUGCACCUGUGCGCUAUCGCACUGGAUCGCUACCUGUCAAUCUCUCGGCCCGUGUCCUACGGUGCCAAACGUACUCCAACACGAAUCAAGGCGGCCAUUAUCGUAGUCUGGCUGAUCUCUGCUGUCAUCUCUUUCCCUCCUCUUCUCACGCUGGACAAGAGCGAGGGAGGUGAAGAGGUGUGUGAGCUAAACAACGAACGCUGGUAUAUUCUCUACUCCACCAUUGGCUCUUUCUUCGCCCCCUGUGUGAUAAUGAUCCUGGUGUAUGUGAGGAUUUAUCAGAUCGCUAAGCAGCAUACACGCUGCCCGCUUGGACAGAAACAUAAAGCAGCAGCAGGAGGAAAUGCCAAUGUGGGAACUAAUGAGCCUCCGGCGAAGUUAUCCGAGCAGUCACAACAGAACGGGGAUCAAGUAGGUACGCCGGCCGGCCAACAAGAAAAAGUCCUGACCAAAAUGUCUGGCUCUGAUUCCACCCCGUCAUCACUUCAAAAACUGCCUCAGAAAACCACAAGCCAGGACACUCAGCACCACCCUGCUAAUUCCAGUGCAGCUCCGAUCCAAAAAUCCACCUCCUCCCCCUCAAUUCCCCAACGUGACAGCCAAAUCCUCUCAGCUGUUCCUAACAAAGAGUCCCAGACGCAUCCUGACAAAGGGGGGGAAGCACAACACGACAACUCGUCCAGCUCUGGCUCUGAAAUGGGCGAGGAUGGCGUUCACAGCAAACAUGAGACGAACAAGACUGGCGAGCAAACUUUGGGAUCAUCCCAAAAUAAAGGGUUCAAAGUUCAAAUGCUGAACCUGGCGUGCAGAUACAAAAACACGGUGGCCACAGCAUCUGGCACCAAACUGGUACCUGAGGAGACACCUAAGACUCAGGGGACGCCCACAUCCCGCCGCAAAGCCAUGGUGAACAGGGAGAAGAGGUUCACCUUCGUGUUGGCUGUCGUGAUGGGAGUGUUUGUGAUCUGCUGGUUCCCCUUCUUCUUCUCUUACUCUCUUCAGGCGGUGUGCCCCGAGGCUUGCAGCAUCCCAAACCCCUUAUUUAAGUUCUUCUUUUGGAUUGGCUACUGCAACUCCUGCCUCAACCCGGUCAUUUACACCAUCUUCAACAACGAUUUCAGGAAGGCCUUCAAGAGGAUACUGUGCAGGGACACUAAGGGUACAUUCUUCUAGAAAGAAAAGUGUUGUUGUGUUUUGAACUGCUGGCGGACACAAAGACAGUUUAUCUGAACAAUUUCUUUCUUUCUGUUUUUGACUGGGAUUGACCUUCUUCAGAAUCGACAUAAACACUUGUACAUUAGGAGGAAAUUGCGUCCAUUGUCUCUUCGCCUUGUUUGUCUGAAUGCUGUUGGCUGAGUCACAGCAGCACCAACAAAGAGGGAGAUUUCAGAAAGCAACAGUCAAGUGGCCGAAACAAUUAUCUUUAAUGUUAUUUAAGAAUACGCUGUAAUUGUAUAUUCAAUUACUCUGAAGAAGAAUGAUUUGAUUAUAUUUUGAAACGGAAGUCAAGAGGAUACAGGGUCUGUGUUCAGUAAUUUAAAGUACAAAUGAUGUGUUUUUGUGUGAGUGUGUGUGCAUGGGAGUAGAGGAGGGUUGCCUAAGGGUCUUACUGGAAGAGAACAAAUAUCACUAAGUGUCCUUUAUCGGAGAUAAAAUGGGCACUCAAAGAACACAAGAUCAGGGAAAAUGUGAGCAUCCUUCCUCUCUGUGCCUAUUCCCUUCAUUGUUUUCCUUCUGCUUCUUCUUCCAUGUAAAGCUGUAACUUUGUCGUGUACGUUAUGACGGAUGGAGCUGUUAUUCCCAAGUCUCUGUGAAGUGCUGGGUGUUACACCUCUCUCUGGGAAUCUCUCAUUAAGGUGAUAGCCAGAGGCUUUAACAAGGAAAAACUAGAGCAAGAGAAUCAGCAGAGGCUGCAUGAAAGAUGGAAACUCGUCGUGUGAAUGUGAUACGAGCUGAGCUGUUUGCUCCCCACACCUCCUUUAAUCUUUUCUCCACCUGCGAUUUUUUUCUUCUCCAUCCUCGAAACUAAAAAUAACGCAGGAAGUCAGUGCAUGUGUUUGAGGCAGUGGUGGAAUGUAACGAAGUACAUUUACUCAAGUACUGUACUUAAGAUAAAAUUUGAGGCUACUUAAAUAUCUCUAUUGUAUGCAACUUUAUACUUCUACUCCACUUCAUCUUAGAGGUAAAUAUUAUACUUUUUACUGCACUUGAGGGAUGUCAGUGGUUAAUCGUUAAUCGGUUAACCACCAAGAAUAUUUUUGACUGGUUACACGUCAGUCGAUAGGCACAUUUAGCUACUCUUAAGUUUACUACACUGCGCACAACCUGGAUCCAAUAUCAUCAUGCAGAGACGGAGUGCACACGUGUGAAUUUCAGAGCCACCAUUUUAGACGUGUGCAUGCGUGAGCUCAAGGGGGCGGGGUAUCUGUCAAUCAUUUUUUAAUGUGGCCAAUCAGAGGCUUACAAUCCCCUGUCAGUUAAAAACGUAUUAGUUUUUAAUGCAGCCAAUCACUUCACCGUAGUGGAAGUAGGCAACAUUUCAACUAGCUAGCUAUGCUAAUGCUAGCUAGAGUCUGCGUAUCAACCCCCCGAUCAUAAUGGAAUAUAGUAACUUCAACUACUGCUCAUUUUAGAAGGACCGCUGUGAGAAAAUGUGCUCUUUGUUUAAAUUAUAGCAUAAUUAACAACCAUUUGUGAGCGUAAGGUUAACGUUGUUUUUACAACAACGAUCUAAAAUAUGUAUUUAGCAUCCGUACAUCUGGGAGUCUGGUACUCACACAUGCGCAAGUCUAAAACGGUGGUGCCUCUCCCGCUCUGCAGGGGGAUGUCUCUGUUAGGAUCUGUUAGGAGCUAGCUAGCUUGUGGCGCUGCUUUUCCUGCAGUUUCGGCUGGUCACACCAUCCCAACCCAACAGCGUUUCCGUGGAAACACCGUGCCCACCGUCUGGUCUCCCCCCCAGCUUGCUCCAGUGUGUAACAUUAUGCGGCUUAAUUUUGAGCCGUAAAACCCCCUUUAGCAUUGUUGACAAUGUUAUCACUGUUACCUCUGUUACCAUCGUUAGAAGUGUCAACACGGCUAGUGGUGCUAACAUAGUUAAAAAUGCAAAAGGGGUUUGGCAGUUCAAAAUGAAGCGGUGCUACCUGGGGUAGACCGGAGGGUGGGCACAGAGUCAGCCAUUGCAGAUUUGCUGUGACAAAAAUCCCUUGUGUACCAAAAAGAAUUUUCCCCAUAGACUACCAUUAUAAAAGAGGUGUCUGUAAAACUGUUGACAGGACACUUCGAGCUGCAAAGAAGCUUAAUUGUGACUCUUUAUAUUUGUAAAAUCAGUGACGUCAUCACAAUGUAAAGUCUAUGAGCCAGGCAGGAACUUGCGGGCAGGGCCAGCAGCAGAAACACUACUGCGCCUAUUCACCCAGGAGCUAGAAACUGUUUUUGGCGUAUACACCAGGUGAACAAUGCCAAUGGGAUCAAUCGGCAACACCUUGCUAUCCAGUAUCUCGGUAUUAUUAUAAAUCUAUGGGCAUUAUCAGCGGUAAUUGUUGAAUCAGCAGCACCACUAGCUAGCUAGCGUUAGCACCCACCUGACCUGGGCGGUGCGCAGUGAAGAGCGACUAAAAAACAGUGGAGACCUGAGGGUAGGCAGUAGGCAUGUUUUCACGUUAAUGCCCCCAUCUAUUAGCAAAGAAAAUAAAAUAAUAAGUAAAGCAUUUUCACCACAACACAUUUGAAUUUCACCACCUCUAAAUGGUUAGCACUUUGAAAUGCAGCGCUAAAGCUCACUGAAGCAGUGGAGCACCAGACUAAAGCAAAGGCCUCUUGUAUUUUACAUCUUUUGUUCUUAAAAAUGACCCAGUUAGUUAAUGGGUGUCAGCCAAUCGAAAGCAAAAUUAACCGAAACUGACAACCCUACACUAAAUUUGUUUGACAGCUUUAGUUACUUUUCACAUUCCCAACUUUAGAUCCCCUUCCUGUCCAGUGAAAACCAUCAUAUCUCCAGAUGUUUUGAUGCUGAAUGUUUGUGAUAAACUGAAGAACGAAGAGCUCCUUUAUGUGUUGAGAACAUCCUUCUUCUCAAGCUAAAUAAACUCUUUAAAAUCCCUCUUGGAUCAGCUGGAAAAUGCAUCGUCACAAAGCUGUUUCUCUGACACCAUGAAAAGUUUACUUUAGGGAUGCAUGGCUCUCACAGGACAGCCACGCUACAAACAUAUGAUGAUCUUAUAGAAUAUGAUGCAUUGCUUUAGAUAUAACCACCCAACAGUAUAUAAAGGAGUUAACAUGAGCACAACCUGAAACAUCUACAGCAGGAAAAUGACACAUACACAUUAAUGCAGCAGGAAUAUUAAUCCAAAAACAUCAGACAGAAUAAGGAAAACACUGACUGCAUGGUGAAUACUUUUACUUUAAGUACGUUAAAUACAUUUAAGGUUUUGAAUGCAGAACUUUUACUUGUAGUGGAGUAUUUUCCACGUGUGGUAUUAGUACUUUUAGAUUCAUUUGUCAAUAUUUAAUGAACAUGAUGGACAGUUGGCUUCGUAUCCUUUUCAGUGUGCUCUCUGCCAAAGCAAUACAGACUGUAUCUGAACUCGGCGAUGACCCUGACGAUGAGUAGAAUCCCUGAUGAAGAUGCUCCUCCUCACUCUGGACUGAUCUGAUGUUGUGGGUGUGUGCGCGUGUGUGACUGCAGCUGCAUGUUUUUUAAAAAAUGCACUUCUUUUAUCCUUUUGAAAGCCAAUAGAAAUUUGCUUGAAGGAAGCAUCCAGUACUGUAUACACUUGUAAGAUAACUGGUGUUGGAAUCAGCUUUUGUACAGUGUAUUAGCUUCAACAUAAAACAGUAUUCUCGCUGAUUGUUUUAAAGUCCGGCUGAAAUUGAAUUGCAUGUUUUUUCUGCAGCAGACCUCCAGAAUUAUCACUUAAAUCCUGUGCUCUGUUUUGAGAAACAAAACAUAAGUUCCUGUUUUACACGUGGUGCAAAGUGAUGCACAAUGCAGAGCAACUGUUACAGCUAGUUUCAGACUGACGCAGUUGUCAUUUCCACAGUGAGCGCCCACGUUGUGUAGGUAGUAAAUAUCUUUGUGCACAUCUGUGUGCCCAUGGCUGUGUAGGUUUUAAAAUGAGUGGCGGUCGGGCGAAUUGUAGGGAUUUUGCUAUUUUGAGGCAGCAGAAAGCGAUUGUGCCAUUGUGUCAUUUUCCUGCUAUUUAAAAGACGUAUUAUGCGGUUUCACAAUGCUCGUGCACUCUGCUUGUUACACAGACAGGGACGUGCAGAUGGGUUGCAGGUGGGUGAAAUAAGGAGGAGGAGCACUGUAAGGCCCAGGUCACACUGCAUGCGUGAGCAGCGUGCGAUGGCUACUUUGCUGAACUUCUACGGCUCGCUUGCUUGCAGUGUUCACAUAUACAGUGUUAUUGCUGUAGCGCUCCUGCAGAGUUUGCUUGUUCCUGUAUCUACUGUAUUUCCUCAGUUAAAAGCCAACACUCCACUCAUUCAUGGAACCAUGCAACCCAGCCAACAUUUGUA